UAUUGCGAAAUGCGCGCUUGUGUUGCGGCUUCCGUAGCUGGAAGUCAUGGCGUGCAAUCGGAGGUAGGAGCUCCGGACGGUGAAGCGGCUCCCCCGCUAAACGGCUCGGGAUGCCUCGGUACGCCCAGCUCGUGAUAGGGCCCGCCGGCAGUGGAAAGAGCACUUACUGUUCUACUAUGCAGCAGCACUGUGAGGUGUUGAAUCGAUCAGUACAAGUGGUAAACCUUGACCCUGCUGCUGAAUACUUUGACUAUCCUGUCUUAGCAGAUAUCCGGGAGCUCAUCCAAGUGGAAGAUGUGAUGGAGGAUGACACGUUAAGGUUUGGCCCAAACGGUGGACUCAUUUUCUGCAUGGAAUACUUUGCCAACAACUUUGAUUGGUUGGCAGAUUGCCUUGGACACGUGGAAGAUGAUUAUAUACUAUUCGAUUGUCCAGGACAGAUUGAGCUAUAUACACACCUGCCAAUAAUGAAGCAGCUUGUCGAACAGUUACAGCAGUGGGAAUUCCGUGUUUGUGGUGUAUUUCUUGUUGAUUCUCAAUUUAUGGUGGAGUCAUUUAAGUUUGUGUCAGGAGUAAUGGCAGCUCUCAGCGCCAUGGUCUCUCUGGAAAUUCCGCAAGUCAACAUCAUGACAAAAAUGGAUUUACUUAACAAGAAAGCAAAGAAAGAAAUUGAAAAGUAUUUAGACCCUGAUAUGUAUUCACUGAUGCAGGACUCUUCUGAUAUUUGGAAGAGCAAGAAAUUUAAGAAACUCACCAAAGCAAUUUGUGGAUUGGUCGAUGACUACAGCAUGGUUCGUUUUUUGCCAUUUGACCGUUCAGAUGAAGAAUGUAUUAGUAUAGUUUUGCAACACAUUGACUUUUCCAUUCAGUAUGGAGAGGACUUUGAAGUCAAAGAACCAAAGGAGCAAGAUGAAGAGCUUGAUGCACCGAGCACAAGUCAUCAGUUUUUCCAAGGCGCGACUGCUGACUGAAUUCCUGGAUCUAAUCAAGCAUCUGGGCCCAGUUAAACAUUAGGUUCAUUUUAUCUGGAAAUCAUUAAUGCUGUGCCUUCCUCAAGAUGCCCGAUAACACACAAUUUAAAACCUUGUGUGAGAACUCAGCUUGUUUGCACUAUUGUGUGAAGAUUAAUUCAAAUCUUUCAAUUUGUAUUUGAAAGUGAUUUUUGAACCUGCUAGAUAUAAUUAUGUGCUGGUAAAUUAUCCACUACUGAGUGCCCUUCCUUUUAUGAUACUAAUAACUUUCACAAAUGUUUGGAAUGACAAGUGACAGACCAGUUUUAAAAGAUCAUGACUUAAAAGUUUGUUUGCUUGAAAUUGUUGUAGAGAAUCUUUAUAUUUUCACAUUAAAUUAUUGCUUAUCUCUGCAGGUACUUUAUGAAUGUCAUUUUGAAAUGUUGUAAAGUGAGGCCUGUCAGAAGUUGUACAGUGAACAGCAAUGGUUUUUAUCUUAAUAUAUCUCAUUUUGUGUGCUCCAAAAUUCUUUCUGCCAAAUACUGCACCAUAUGUAGCUUUAGUCAUGUGGUUUAGCAGAGAUCAGUAUGAUGUAUGAUGUCUCACACAAAGUACUCAUUAUGCCUGCACACAGAAACUUUAAAAAAGGGCAAAAUUAAUCACAUUAAGAUUACAACCAAAUGUUUAUAUAACAUUGAAAUAACCAACAGAUGUUUCUCACUUUUAGUUCUAACUUAAAGAUAAUAUAAAACCUGACUUUAAAUAGAUUGGUUUGGAAUAUGGAGCAAAGUUCAUUAAGUGCGAUGGCAGUACAGACCAUGCCUAGCAUAAAUGAAUGGGGCAAAAGACUGAAGAUGAUUUCCUUCUCUUGUUACUAUGUUAACAAUACAUUCAUAGCAAAGAUGGAUUUUGAUUCUUUUUUGUAUUAUAUGGAAAUAAAAACUUAAUUCUCUGUU